UUCAGUCCCCCGGAGGUGUUGCCUUCAUAUAUUUUGUAUGACGAAGAAAGUAUGAUUGAGAAGAAGAAUCGCUUUUAGGUACCUAUAAGAGAAGAGUUGCAGCGGGAGUGUAAUAAAAUAAAAUAAAAAAAUAUCGUGUUGUUUUUUCAAGGUUAUAAUAUAACAAAGGUAGAAUAUGACCUUCGAAGUGAGUCCUAAGAUGGCACCCCCGGUGAAUCCGGCUACGUUGGACGACGCUAUGCUGGAGACAGGGUUUGGUGUUUACAACAUAGUCCACAUGCUGCUCAGCGGUGUUAUCCUGAUGGGGGUUAUAAUACAGAACCUGAUUCUUGGCUACGUCCUGCCUGCAGCACAGUGUGAGCUCGACCUAUCUCUGUCUCAACGAGGAUGGCUAGCUGCUCUACCUUUCUUAGGUAUAAUCCUGACGUCGUACGUGUGGGGCUGGGUGGCGGACACGCGCGGCCGCCGCUUCACCAUGCUGCUGUCCACGACCAUGUCCACGCUCUUCUCCAUCGUGCUGAGCCUCAUGCCCGACAUUACAUCUUUCGCCGUCUUCACUUUCCUGUCAGCUAUAUUUAUGUCGGGCUCCUCUGCCGUAGUUUAUACUUACAUCGGAGAGUUCACGAAUGUUAACCAUAGAGACAAGAUGGUGGCUUUUGGUGCAUCCUUCGUUGGUAUCGGCUCGGUGGUUUUACCAGGUAUAGCAUGGUUAAUCCUGCCUUUGGAGUUUUCUGUGCCUAUUUCGUUCCUGGGCAUCGCAUUUCGUUCCUGGAGGCUGCUGAUACUCACAUGCACCAUACCUUUUAUCGUGGGAGCAAUAUUCCUCCUGCUUUCCUCUGAGAGCCCAAAAUUCCUCUACACUUUAGGUAAAAACGAGGAAUGCUUAAAAGUCUUAAGCAAGAUCUACGCUAUCAAUACUAUGAAACCUAAAUCCACGUAUCCGGUUAAGUCACUCAUAACGGAGGAAGGAAAUACAGACAGGUCACAAACCAAAGGCGUUGCAGCGGUGUUGAGCUCAAUGAAGGAGCAAACCUUUCCCCUAUUCAAAAUGCCACUUCUACCGUGGACGUGCUUGGCCUGUUUCAUUCAGUUUGGAAUAUUGGCAACAAACAACGGUUUCUACGUGUGGUUCCCGACAAUUCUGAAUUCCCUGGCAGGUCACGUCGGUAACGAAACGAGAAUUUGUGAUGUCCUCGUCUCCAAACCUUCAGCCACUAAUGUUACACAGGUGCACUGCGACGACACAAUCAACACCUCGACCUACGAGAUGUCCAUCUACGUGGGCCUCGUCUUCUGCUCCAUGUACAUCAUCGUGGGUUUUCUAGUGAGCUUCGUGAGCAAGAAGCUGAUCCUGGUGGUGGUGCUGGUGGUGACGGGUCUGUGCGGGAUCGGCGCCCACCUGGUGUACAACCAGCAGGUCGCUAUCGGCCUGUUCGCGCUGUUCCAGAUGUGUGGCGCCUGUAUUGGCCUCAUGAAUGCCGUCAGCGUUGAGCUGUUCCCGACUAAAUAUAGAGCGAUGGCUGUGUGCUUGUCCAUGAUGAUGGGUCGGGUUGGCUCCAUGGUUGGAUCGAAUUUGAUCGGCAUAUUCCUGGGUACCAACUGCAGCGCAAGUUUCUAUCUCUUUGGUGGAAUUUUGAUAGUGUGCGGCCUAGCUUGCUUUACGUUGCCCGGUAAAAAAGACGACGGACAAGUGAAGAGUAAAGAAAUGUCUGAAUCUGAAGCAACGGAAGUGGCCUAGCUUGAACCGAUAUGAGCAAAAUUUUAACAUUCGAAUUUUAAAAUUCGAAAUCCUAUUUCCUGAAGUGCUUCCUUGUGUCUAGGGUUAUAAAAAUAUGUUGAAUAUUUUGUAAUAAAAUACAUAAGCCGCUUUAGAAGAAAAUUCGGUUUCUGGAACAUCUGGACAUCAUCAAAAUUAUAUUUCCUGAAGUACCUCCUUGUGUCCUAGGGUUACAAAAUAUUAUGUGAAAUAUUUUUGUAAUAAAGUCAUAAGCCACUUUAGAAGAAAAAUCGGCUUCUCGUCUUCUGGAACAUUUGGACAUCUUACAGCUCAAUAUAACUACUAAAGUAUACUUACAACACUUGUAAAAUAGCAACAAAAAAGGCUGAAAGGCUUUGAUCCACAAUGCCAUCAGAUGGAGAGAGGCGAGGCAAUUCCAAAUACUUACUAUCCUUUUGCAGUUUCAGCGAAUUUGAAUUUUCGACGGAUCGUGUAUAAUGCAGAUAGAUCUUCAGAUAGAUAGUAUAAUAAUUAGAAAAUAUUAAUGGUG